UCGUUACCAGCAAGCACGCGUACAGUAACCUAACGAAGCCAUGUGGUGGCACCAGAGACGGCGGGACCCAGCGCGACGAAGCGUCACUGUUGCGCUGCACGCCGCCGUGGGACCCGCACCCUUCUCCUUCCCUCCCCUCCCCCCUCUCCUCUUCGUUCCCCCACCUCUCUCUCUCUCUCUCUCUUCAUGAAGUUGUUGCAGGUGCGACUGGAAUUUUCCAAUGCUUUCUCAGCGUGCAAGCCAUAACCACAGCGUUCCCUUUCGCCAUGGCUAGCCAUCAGCUGGAAGGAUUAUUGUCAUGCCCCAAGAACCAGCAGCAGCAGGAAAGGAAGCCAAGGCCUCACCCGGAACAGGCCCUCAAGUGCCCAAGGUGUGCCUCCACCAACACCAAGUUCUGCUACUACAACAAUUACAGCCUCUCCCAGCCCAGAUACUUCUGCAAGGGUUGCAGGAGGUACUGGACUCAAGGAGGCUCUCUCAGGAAUGUCCCUGUGGGAGGUGGCUGCAGGAAGAACAAAAGAUCAUUCUCUUCCUCCUCUUCCAGAAAGGCACAGGACCAAGAUCUCAUCACUGCCACCAACUCCUUCAAUCCACUCCCCUCCCCUACCUUCAUCCCUCCACUCUCCAGUGACCUCACCUUAGCCUUCGCUGGCCUCCACAAGCAACCACCCAACCAUGGCCACAGCCUUCUCCUAGGGCAUCCUAACAAUGAGUCCCUCCCUGCUGUCACAACAAACCAUGGCUUUCUUGACAUUCUAAGGAGCGACUCCAUUGACAGUAUCAACCCAAGUGGCUUAGACAACUACCUCUACUAUGGAUUUGGUGUCAGUGGGAAUGUGGAGGUGGGAGGUGGUGCCAAUGGAGAAGAUGAUGGGUUUCUGUCCUUCCAUGGGGGACUGGGUGGUGCAACAGCAACAGCAGCAGCCAGCCAAGGUUCAUGCAAGGACAUGGAUGAAGGGGAGACCAAAGUGUUGAUGGGUGGUGAUGGGAACUUGGCUGUGGACUCUGGAAGAGAGUGGACUGCUAUGGGUUCUUCCUGGCAUGGACUCAUCAACAGCUCCUUGAUGUCAGGAGCAGGAAUAGAUGUGUCCUCUACCCUCGGAGAUGCCCAUGCCUUCUUCUAAAAUCCCUACAUUCUCAGUUCUUUCAUUGCAUAUUUUUGGCUUUUCUUUCUUUCCUUC